UGAACCGAUUGGACGGUGUCUGAUGCCCUAAUCGUGUCACCACUUCCUGAGUUAUAUAUAUUCUGCAAACCCUAAAGAACAUUCUUCGACACCGGCGCGCGGUUGGAGCAGCCUUAUUCACUUUUUCACGGAUUUUUCUUAAUCCUUUGAAGAAAUGGCGGUUCCGCUGCUCAACAGGAAGAUCGUGAAGAAGCGUGUGAAGAAGUUUAAGAGGCCCCAGAGCGAUCGCAAGAUCUGCGUGAAGCCAAACUGGAGGAGGCCUAAAGGUAUCGACUCUCGUGUGCGGAGAAAGUUCAAAGGAUGCACUUUGAUGCCCAACAUUGGCUACGGUUCUGAUAAGAAAACACGCCACUUUUUGCCAAACAAGUUCAAGAAGUUUGUAGUUCACAAUGUCUCCGAACUGGAAUUGCUUUUGAUGCACAACAGGACAUACUGUGCUGAGAUUGCACACAACGUUUCAACCCGAAAACGCAAGGAUAUUGUGGAGCGAGCAGCACAGCUUGAUAUUGUAGUCACCAACAAGCUUGCCAGGCUACGCAGCCAGGAAGAUGAGUAGUGAACUUCAGUCAUUUGAAUUUAUAUUCCUGAAGCUUUUUAACUUAUUAUUAUCCUUUGAAUCAGAGUCAGAUCUUGUUAUUUUUGCUUAGUAAGAAGAAUGCUUUUCUGUAGUUGCACUCUUUGAAUUUUAUCUUCUGUUGAAUAUGAAUUGUUCUCAAUUAUCAUUUGUUUCUUGUUGGUUUUUUGCGGGUAAAAUCAAUAUUUUGAUUAUAA